AUAUUUCAUAUAUACACACAGCAUUGUAACAUCUUCCACAACUCCCUCUCUCUCUCUCUCUCUCUCAUGGCAGAAGAAACACAGCCAAAAUGGGAAGGCAAAUCCACAGUGAAGCUAAGAGGCCCAACACCAGAUGAAGUGUGGCCACUCUUGGAGGACUUUUGCAGCAUAAACAAAUGGCUUCCUGGUAUUGAUACAUCCUACCAAGUUGAGGGUGUCCACGGACAGCCCGGGCUUAUCCGGUACUGUGCAUCCACAGUAACAUCAUCAUCCGACGGUGACGAGAAGACUGUCAGCUGGUGCAAAGAGAAGUUACUGUCAAUUGAUCCGAUCAAACGGUGCUUUAGUUACGAGGUCCUGGAAAAUAACGUGGGCUUUAACUCAUAUGUUGCGACGAUGGAUGUAUUACCGAUCAACGGUGAUGAUGAACUCGGGUGCCAAAUCGAGUGGUCAUACGUGGCUGAUCCUUUGGAUGGGUGGACACAGGAAUUUUUGGAUUCUUAUAUCAAGUCCUCUCUUCAUGAGAUGGCAGAGAAAUUGGAGAAAGCUAUCCUGGCCACAGAGUAAUGAUGACGGACACACUAAUGUUGUUCAUAGGCUCUCUACUAUUAUUGACUUUUGUUGUUGCUAAAGUUUAUUUAUAUGAUAUUAAAUCUUGUGGUGUUUAUAAAUUUUGGACUUUAUUUCUAAA